AUGCUAAUUACAAGUAUAGAAAUUUGUUCUAAUACUUUAAAUUAUAACAAUGCAUUACUUAUAUCAUAUAUUAUUUGGUGUACAUGUGGUUUUUUAUGUACUUUAUUUGGUAUACCUGGUCAUUUAUUUCAAAUUUUAAUUAUGUCAAACAAAACUAAUCGUAAAGAAACAACACCAUUACAUUUCAUAGCUAUUGCUAUAUGCGAAUUGAUAUUUCUUUUUGGUGUCUUUUGGUUGUGGUGUGUUGAUAUGUCUAUUAUUAAAACUGAUCCUCGAGAAAUAUUAUCUUGUGGCGUAUUUUAUAGUAUUCUAAUUGGUCCAACAAUAUUAUCAAAUCUAUAUUUAGCAUCUAUGUCUAUUGAUCAAGGUUUUAUGAUACUUUAUCCAGCUCAUCAUCGUUUACUUAUUACUCGAUAUCAUGUUCUCAUGCGUCUACUUUUAAUUUUUAUAGUAGUUAUAUUAUUUAUGAUUCCACAUCAUUUUUAUUUUCAUUAUAAUAAGAAAACAACAAUAUUUAUUUGUGAGUCUUAUACAUUUAUUGAUCAUUGGAAAAUUCGUAUAUGGCCAUUUUUACAUGCUAUAUUAUUUGUUUCAUUACCAUCAUUAGUAACAUGUAUAUCAUCAGUCAUUUUAUUACAUAAUCGUUUUAAUCAAAGAAGAAUGAAUAAAAAUUAUCUAAGUGACAAUGCACGUCGUAUGAAAAGAAAUUCUAUAUUAGUAUUAUUCAUUUCGAUAGUUACUUUAUUUUCUAUAUUACCAACUGUUAUAUUAGAAGCGUUUAUUAUAUAUGAUCGUCUUUUUAAUGAUGAUAUAUUGUGUUCCAUAAGAUGGAAAACAUAUAAAAUUUUACUUAAUUGGUUUUUGACACUUUCAGCUUUGAAUUAUUCAUCGAAAUUUUAUAUUCGUCUACUUAUAUCGAAAA